AUGGCUCACAAGGCAGAUGACGAGUACGAUUACCUUUUCAAAGUCGUGCUGAUUGGAGAUUCUGGCGUAGGAAAGUCCAAUCUUCUUUCUCGAUUCACCCGCAACGAGUUCUGUUUAGAGUCAAAAUCCACGAUCGGCGUUGAGUUCGCAACGAGAAGUAUCCAGGUUGAUGGCAAGACGAUCAAGGCUCAGAUCUGGGAUACCGCUGGCCAAGAGAGGUAUCGUGCCAUCACAAGUGCGUACUACAGGGGAGCGGUCGGCGCGUUGAUCAUUUACGACAUCACGAAGCACGUGACCUACGAAAACGUCGAGAGAUGGCUCAAGGAGCUGCGGGAUCACGCGGACUCCAACAUUGUGAUAAUGCUGGUGGGGAACAAGUCGGAUUUGAGGCAUCUACGUGCUGUUUCGACGGACGACGCUCAAGGAUUCGCUGAGAAAGAAGGCCUCUCAUUCAUCGAGACAUCAGCGCUGGAUUCGACAAAUGUGGAGAAUGCAUUUCACCGGGUGCUGACGGAGAUCUACCGCAUUGUGAGCAAGAAGGCGCUGGCGCAAGAAGAGGGUGCGACUGCAGGGCCCGGAGAAGGUACCUCUAUCUUGGUGGGAGCAGAUGCCAACGCCAACAAGGGGGGGUGCUGUUCAGCUUAG